AUGAUCUCCAGAAGACUCCUCCACUGUUUCAACAGAUCUUCAAAGUUAUUAAACAAUAAAAACUAAUAUAGAUUUGAAUCUUUGAAUGAUACAUCCAACUUGACUGAAGACUAAGUUUUGGUUUAACAAGCUGCUUUGAAUUUUACUAAAGAGCAUCUACUUCCUUUUGCUAGUGAAUGGGAUCAAAAGAGCUAGAGCCCUAUUGAAGUCUAUAAAGAGGCUGGUAAGUUAGGAUUUGCUUGUAUUUAUUCUAGCCCUGACCACGGUGGUAGUGGAAUGGAUAGAGUUUCUGCUUCUCUCGUAUUUGAAGCAUUAGCUACUGCAUGCGUUUCUACAAGUUCUUACUUAUCUAUUUUAAAUAUGAACCACUGGAUUAUUGACACUUAUGGUAAUGAAAAGUAAAAGGCUGAAUGGUUACCUUAACUCAGCACAGUUGAAAAAUUCAGUUCUUACUGCUUGACCGAACCUGGUAGUGGUAGUGAUGCUGCUAAUAUGAAAACUUUUGCAAAAAAGGAUGGUGGUGAUUAUGUAAUCAACGGUUCUAAAUGCUUCAUCUCAAAUGCUGGAUUUAGUGACCUCUAUGUCGUUAUGUGCAAAACUGGUGAAAACGAAAGAUCAUGCAUAUUGGUUCCUUCAGAUGCUAAGGGAUUAUCAUUUGGUAAGCCUGAAGUAAAAAUGGGAUGGCAUGCUUCUCCUACUGCAAGCAUUACCUUUGAUAAUGUUCGUGUUCCUUAAUCUAAUUUAAUUUCAACUGAAGGUAACGGCUUUAAAAUUGCUAUGACUGCUCUUGAUGGAGGUCGUGUUAAUAUUGCUUCUACAUCUUUAGGUUCUGCAGCUCAAUGCCUUGCAAAGACAAAGGAAUAUGUUGGCUAACGUAAAUAAUUUGGCAAAUCAAUAGACUCAUUCUAAAAUACAUAAUUCAGAAUUGCUGAAAUGGCUACUGAUCUUAUAGCUUCAAGACUCCUUGUUAGAGAAGCUGCUAAGAAAAUUGAUUUAAAUCACCCUAAUAAAACUUUAUAUGCUUCUAUGGCUAAGAUCUAAGCAACUGAAAAGUGCUACAACAUUGUCGACUAAUGCUUACAACUUCAUGGUGGUUACGGUUACAUUUCUGAAUAUAACAUUGAAAGACAUCUUAGAGAUUUGAGAGUUAAUCGUAUUUUAGAAGGUACAAAUGAAAUUAUGAGACUUAUUGUUUCACGUUAAGUUAUUAAAUAGUGA